UCCUGCAAACAAAACUGUCUGUCGUCAUCCGGCAACGAAAAUAAGAACUCAUCAAAAUGGCGACCAUGCAAAUCGCUGGCCCGGCGGGACAUUGUGAGGAAGAUAUGACCAAUCCUAAGGUUUCGACGCCCCUGUCUAUACCAGGGCACUCGGGUGCGCCCCGUACACUAUCUGCAUACCCCACCGUAACUGGAGCAUCCGUCAUGGGAAUUUGCUACGAUGGGGGUGUUGUGGUCGCCGCCGAUAUUGGUGCCUACUUCGGAAAGACGCUUCGCUUCGAAAACUGUCCGCGGAUAAGAAAAGUGAAUCAGUUUACUCUUAUGGCAGUUAGUGGUGACUAUGCCGACUUUCAGUAUCUCGAGAAACUGACUGAGGCCAAGGUGAUUGAUGAAGAUCGUUACCAUGAUGGCUUUCAGCUCAAGCCGAAGUCACUGCAUUCGUGGCUGUCCCGAGUUUUAUACAAUCGACGCAACAAAUUCGACCCUCUGUGGACAAACAUCAUUGUUGCCGGUAUGCAGGAUGGCAAGCCGUAUCUCGGCUACGUCGAUAAACUCGGAUCAGCGUUUGAGACUCAUGUGUACGCCACCGGUUUUGGAACCUAUCUAGGUCUCGGUCAUUUAGCUGAAGCAUACGAGAAAAAAAAGGGCAAGCUCAGCAAACAAGAAGCUAUCGAAGUUGUUAAAGGUGUUUUGAGAGUCCUCUAUUACCGUGACACAAUGUCACACCCCAAAUUUCAGAUUGCUGUCUGCUCCGCCGAAGGAAUCUCGAUCGAAGGACCUUUUAUGAUCGACAGCGAUUGGUUAUGUGCCACACUAUCGGGAACGUAUUAAUUACUGAAUAAAUGCAGCUGAUGAAAUAGCUGACGAUCGAACGAACGAUGAACGCUGGACGAUAUUCGAAUUAGUGGCACGAAUAAGUGAAAGAUAUACGAAGCAAUAUGUAUGUGAGCUUUUGCGGAAAAACAGUUCACCUUUGAUGAGAACAUAACACUAAUAAUAAAUGUUUUGGUGCUAUUUAUAGCCAAAAGAAACUGACUAAACAAAUCAGAUAUUGUCAUUAUCUUACCAUUCUCAUACAGGAUUGGCUGAAUUUGCCUGUAGUAAGACUUACGAUGCGUAUUAUUGAAGUGCAUGUUACCCUCAUAAUGUGUGUGGUAACGAUAUUUGAUAGAUGUCUGUUGAUGACAUCUCAUCAUAGUGCUUUACUUGGA